CGGGAACGGGGAAAAACAAAAGGAGGCCAAUGACGCAUGCGCUCGGUGUGUCCCAGGUUCUGGUGGGUCCUUCCGCUGAGGCGGAGUCAAGUGCUUCCGGGUCACUGCCGGCUGCCGCCUCCCUGCGCGGACCCGGACUGGACCUCCCCGCCGGAGUUCUGUGCGUCAGUUCACUGUGACCUAGAGCCCAGUCGUUGCCUGUUGCUGAGCCUCAAUUUUCCUGUGAGCCGAACGGUUUUAAUUCAUAUUCUCUGGCACCUUCUUGGUCAGCUCCCUCAGCUGAUUAAUCCGAACUGAAUGUACUUGUUCUCUCACAUUCUAGGAGCCAUGUCCACCUUGUUUCCCUCCCUCUUCCCCCGUGUGACUGAAACGCUGUGGUUUAAUCUGGAUCGGCCUUGUGUGGAGGAGACAGAGCUGCAGCAGCAAGAACAGCAGCAUCAAGCCUGGCUCCAGAGCAUUGCAGAGAAAGACAACAACCUGGUACCUAUUGGCAAGCCGGCCUCAGAGCACUAUGAUGAUGAGGAAGAGGAGGAUGAAGAUGACGAUGAGGAUAGUGAAGAGGACUCAGAGGAUGAUGAAGACAUGCAGGACAUGGACGAGAUGAAUGACUACAAUGAGUCACCUGAUGAUGGAGAAGUCAAUGAGCCUCCUCUCCAGGUGGACAUGGAAGGCAACGAACAGGAUCAGGACCAGUGGAUGAUCUAAAUAGACAAGGCAGAGUGGCCUCAGGGAGAAUCCAGGCCAUCCCAACCCACUCUGUGACUCCUGCAGAACCAGCUGAUCACCCCAGGACUGGAAAGUUCACCCUCAGGCACCUCCUCAGCUGCUGCCAGGACGUGGUCUCCUUGGCCCCUCCAGGGCCAUCAGCCUGCCCUUGAAUCCCCAGGACCCGAGUCCACCGCACCUUUCUGGC